AUGAGCGUGGUCUGCACCAUGACAGCGGCCAGGGUGGUAGUGGUGGUGGUGGUGUUGGCGGGGUGCUGGGGUACUGCUGAGCGUCUUGAGGGUGGUGCGAGCGUUGCCUGGACACCCAAAGGUAACAAUGAGAGAUGCUGCGUUCAGGGUUGCGUCUGUGGCUCGCUAGAUUACAACCGCCUCUCAGAACAGUCUCACCGAUUACAACCUGUUGUACACAAGAGUAAAACCUCCCCAGUAACUAACACGUUCCCUGUCUGUAAAGGAAUCAUCAGUUUUAACGACACUAGAUCUUCCAAGGCUUAUCCAUUCAAGAUGCAAACACGGAGGCGAAAACCUCGAGGUACCCGCAUUGUGUUGAGAGAAGGACCCACUUCACUACACGAUGGGCAAGCUCAAGUCACUCAGAGAUCGAAAACUUUUGUCAACAAGUACCAACCGAUUGAGAUUUUUAAUGACAACAGGUUGACGUCUCCGAUAUAUUCAAGUUUACUCAUUGAAAAGGGAGUAGCGUUUAGUGUUUUCUUCUGGGUGUAUCUCUCUGCCUUCCUGUACGCUGCGUGUUACUUGGUGUCUUCCUUUAUCGCUCCAUUCUCGAUCCUCGGUUUUGUAAUGAAGGUCCUGUUAGUUAAUUAUUUCUCAAUCAUUAUAAACUUAGAGGUGUUCCGUGUCGCUGACUACAUCAUGGCCUGUGCGCUUCAUUAUUUUGCCUGAAAGUGGACAGUGGAUUAAAGAGAGCUGUGUCAUAAUGGGUGUUGUGUUAAAUAUUAGACUUAGCUUUGCAGUAUUGUUGACACCGUGGACCACUUGCUUUGUACACCACAACACCACAACACUAUGCUGUCGAUGUUAUGAGGAAAAUACGUAUUCUCCGUUUAUUAUGCUAUAGCAGUGAGAAUUUGAAUUUCGACAUAUAACCUCACUUUUCAACCUUUACACUUUAUUGUCUAUUGUAUUCGUGCUAUUAACAACUUUCAAGACUUCUAUUUCUAAUAAA